AUGAAUUUGGUAACCUAUAGUACAAAAAUUGAUGAAGAAAAUAAAAAAUCUUUUAUAGAUUCAAUUGAUACAUUUAUUUUUGAUUGUGAUGGUGUAUUGUGGAUUGCAGAUACUAUUGUACCAGGAGCUAUUGAAACUUUAAAUUAUUUAAGACAAACACUUGGAAAAAAGAUUCUUUUUGUUACAAAUAAUAGUACGAAAACUAGACAACAAUUCUUGGAGAAAAUCAAAUCAUUUAAUAUCGAAGCUUUCAUAGAUGAGGUGUAUGGAUCAUCAUAUGGGGCUGCAAUUUAUCUAAAUCAAAUCAACUUCCCAAAAGAAACUAAAAAAGUCUUCAUUAUUGGCGAACAUGGUUUAGAAAAAGAAUUAAACGAUCAAAAUUUUAAAACUAUUAAAGAAAUUAAUAAAUUAAAAGAUGGAUUAGAUAGUGUUCAAAAUACAGCUAUUGAUAAAGAUGUUGGUGCAGUUAUAGUUGGUAUGGAUACACAAUUAACAUUUCAAAAGGCAACUUAUGCUCAUAUGUGUAUAAAAGAAAUUGAAGGUUGUUUAUUUAUUGCAACCAAUCCUGAUACUUCAUAUCCAGUGAAAAAUGAAAAAACAUUGCCAGGUGCAGGUUCAAUCGUAGCAAUGAUACAAACUUCAACUGGAGUUAAACCCAUUACAAUUGGUAAACCUGAAACACUACUAUUAGAUGUAAUUUUAAAAAAAGAUAAUUUAAAUCCAGAGAGAACUUUAUUUGUUGGUGAUAGAUUAGAUACUGAUAUCGCUUUUGCUGUUAAUGGAGGAAUAAGGAGUCUAUUAGUUUUGACAGGUAUAUCAAAAUUAAAUGAAAUUAAUAAUAUCGAUUCAAAAAUUAAUCCAAAUUAUUAUACAAAUACAAUUGCUGAUUUAUUACCAUCAAAUAAUAAUUAA